AUGGAAUUCCGCACAGUACCUCGGCUGGUGCAGUUCCAGCGAGCGCGAAGCUCAAAUCGAGCUCUGUUGAACUCGAAUCGCACGAGCCGAUGUUAUUCCACCAAAAAAUGCGCGCCAUUCGCAUACACAUGGCUCACAAAGUCACCCGAGGCCAUUGACCCUAGUGAUAUCCUAGCAUCCCUUCCCUCCCGACCUGUCAUUGCGCCAGACUCCGUUCCGCUUCUCCUUCUCACUCCUAGCUUUGCCCACUGGCUCGAUGCCUCGAAUCUGUUUCUUGCAGACUUGAUGCGACGGCUGUAUGGCGAUACCCCUGAGCCUCAAGCCCUCCAUGCGAUCGCCGCUGUUGUUGACAGAAUACCAUACGGCCCUUCACUACCGAAAGGCUCAAUAUCGGAUAUCAAGAAGAGUCCUACUACACGGGUUGUGGAGUCGGAGGGUCUGUCACUUCUGGUCGUUGGACCUGAGGCAGUGCAAGGCAAAGUUGCACCGACUCGUGGCAUUAGAGGGCCUGCUGGCGAGGAGCCGGAUCUGAUGAUAUCGCUUCAGAACGGGGAAGCCCACAUGAGCUCCGCAGGCACCGCCUAUCGAGUCGGAUUACGUCUCGCAAACACCGUGUUUACAAAUGGAAAAGAGACAACUCUUUUUGGUAUGCGCUGGGCUCGCAACACUACUGGUAAAUACACCUUACAACAGUCAGUGGACUUCGCCAGUUGUUCUGUGACCGCUCUGUCACAGGUUGAUGGCUUAACCCCCAGUCUCUCCCUUCCGCUGCAUCCUGUGGGCGAAAGGAGAAAAGUGAUCACAAGCAUGGGAAAUAUCUUGCGUCAAAUCUCCAAAUCGUCGGAUCCGAAUUCAAAUGAGCCAAUUCCCGCGUCCUCUGAGCUAGAGAAAGAUCUCCCUCGAUACAUUGAAGAGAAUAACAUCAUGGCCCAGAAAGUGUCUGUCUGGGCCUUGGUUGAGAAGCCCGAUGUAGUCGCCGCUGAUGAGAGCUCGACGACGCAGGACAGACUGAUCCAGUCACUUCGCCAGGGUGGUAAGCUGCACCGCGUUAUGAGCGGGGGUGGUGGAUGGGGCAAAAAGCAAGGUCUUCUUUCGCUCGAUCCAGAGAUUAGCUUCUGUGACACCACUCGUCGGCAAGAGCUUCUUGGCCUGGAUCAACUCUUUGAUCCGAAUGCAGAUGCAGUAAUGGAAAUGCCAUCGUUGGAUACAAAGGGCAUGAUUGGGGAUGAUCUCUCACUGCUGUCCCAGGUUGCAAGAGCCGGUGACUUUGUCCAGUUUUUGGUGUCUGUAGAGCCGGUGUACCCACCUGAUGCCUCUCCCACGCACGAUGGCGCCUGCGAAGAAAGCAUCACCUACAAUUUUGGUGUUGUGUCUCGUGCGGAUGAACUUGAUUCACAAACUUUGAAUGGCGAAGAAAAGAAUCUCAUCCCUUUGCCGAACUCGUUCGGGGCAUUGUCUGAGAAGGCGAUUGCGUAUGCACAGCCAGUGCCGCAAGGAGAAACUUGGGAAUCUAGUACGAAGCUAGAUAUACCAGGAUGCCGAGUUAUCCUGAAUCUGUAA